UUUUUUAAAAUUGUAACGGUUGUCGUUUUAAAUUUUUUAGCAAAGUCGUGCAGUUCUGUGAUAUUUUAAAUGAAAAACUAAAUAAAAAGUAACUUGUCAAUAAUAACAUAUUAGUGUUUAUUGUAUAGAAAACUGUGUUGCUCAAAAUGGAUAGGAAAACUAAGGACAAAAAAGAGGCUGAAAUAGUUAACAUCCGUAGAUUUGAGAAUCUUCGUGAAAUUAGCGAAUUAAAGGCUUCAUUGCAAAGUUUAAUAAAUGAGGCCAUGCAACAGACUGAAAAAAAUGAGAAAAGAAAGGCUCUACAAGAGAAUAAAGACUUGGAUAAUAAAAACAACAUUCAGCAAAGCUUGAAACCUAUAACUUUAAGAAGAAAUUUAAGUGUUGAAUUAGCAGUUACACAAAGAGAUAGAUCAAGAUCCAGGGAAACAAAUAAUCAAGUUGAAACUACCAAACAAGAAUCUUCAAAAAAAAAAAAAAAUUACAAUGUCGAGGAAGCUAGAGAAUAUAUUAAAAAACAAAAAGAAAAACGUUUGGAAGAUAUCAAGAAAGCUACUACAAAUCCAGCCUUGAAAAUAGAUAUUAAAAAACAAAAAUUACAGGAGCUUCACGAGAAGUCUCUACUAUUGGUAAAUAAAAAUGUUGAGGCAAAACGAGCAAGAUCAAAAUCCAGAGACAACCAACCUGGAACUGAGUACUUAAGACCUGAUAAUACCUCAGCAAAAGGAGUAAGAGACAGAUCAAAAUCAAGAGAUAAUUGUAAGUCUGGUAAUAUAGUUACUAAAGGAACAACUUUAAAUGAAAAAUUGCAACUUUUUGAUCCUGUCAACUCUAGAGCUAAGUCCACAGAAACAAACCUUGGAAAAAGGGAGUCAAGGACAACUGUAAGAAGGUCUAAAAAUCCAUUGCUGCCAGCUGCUUCUAAAGAAAACAAUUUAAAAGUGCCCAGUAUUAAGGUAGUAGAUAGUCUUGAAUGUCCUAAGAUAAAUAUAAUUUCAAAUGUAACACUUAGAUCUCCUGAUAACGCUCAGAAUAGUAGAAUAGAUGCUAACAUAACUAAAAGAUCUCCUAGAAAUAUUGCUGAUUGUAGCAAUAAUAGUAACCACAUUUUAAGUGAAAAAAAUCGAUUACUUAAGGAAAAUCUAUCAACUCGGUUGGAAACCCAAUACGAAAAAUCAAUUUUUGUGAAUAAUAUACAGGAAUACUUUAAAUCAAAAUCUGAGGUUGCUGUGGGUACAGAUUUGUUUCCCAUGGAAACUAAAGAAACCCAAACCUUGGAGGAUAUAGUUGCAUGCCCAGAUUGGUUGCAGGGAAGUGAAUCAAAGGAGUAUCCUUACAAUUUUAUUAACACAGUUAAAAGAAAAUUGCAUUAUGCACUUAAUCCCCCAAUUACCACACAUUACAAUGAUGUAGGCAUACAAAGUUCCUUUAAGUGUGAUUUAAAAGAAAAAGAAGUUGUUAAUCAAAAAGAUCAUGUACAUAAUAAACCCUCACACUCUGAUUUGAAAUCGUUUAUAUCACACAAAUGCAUAAAUUUGGACUCAAAACCUGUAGAGCAUUUGGGUUUGCAACUUGGCAAUAAAAAUAGAUUUAUACACAGUAAAACCACCACAAUUACAACUGACAGUGAGUCAGAUACUUCUAAAAACAUUCCAGAUAUAUCCAGUGAAAGCGGAACUUCGUUGAGAAAAAACGCCGAAUCGGUAAAACUCACAAACAAUAUUAGCGAAAAUUUACAAAGCCUAAAAUUACCUAAGGCAAACUUGGAAAUGAUGAAAUCCGAUAUCAGCAAAAAAACGCCAACAAGAAGUGUUAUACAACCUUCAGGACGAUCAAGGGCUAGCAAAACUUUAUUUGGCAGCAAAAACUCAUACACUUCUGACUAUAAUACAGAGAGUGAAACUGAAGACAGCGUCCAAGAGGUUAUUUUAAAAUCCAGUAGAUCUCCAAGGGAUUCCAUAAUAUCUGGAAAUAUCUGCUCAUACAGUAAACUGGAUUCAAAACUAAGCAACUAUUCAAAUGAAAAACAUACCAUUCCAGAAGAUGUAACUUCUACUAAAAGUGAAUCUUCAAAACAUUCCCGUCAUUCUCAACAUUCCCAAUCUUCUAACAACAUUCCAACAUUGCCUGAUCAUCAAUUUAAGUCGCUCCCUACUCGUUCCUUCAGCUCUUCCAAUAUUAUUUGUACUUCUAUUGAGAAGCAGGCAUCUUGUGAUAUUCCAGAAAAGCCAGAAAAUCCAGAAUACAGUUUGCUUAAAGAGCCUCAAGUCUCAUUGAAAAUAGGCAAGCACAGUAUAAGUACUGAUAAAAUUAUAAAAGCUGAUGUAGGAAACUUGAAUAACACAAACCAAAUUCAUCUUAAAUUUGAAGCUGAAAUUCAUUUACUCAACGAUUUUAACAAAUCUGUUAAUCAAUUGUCAGCCUUGGAAAGAGCAUUUGAAAGUUUAAAAUCGAAAAACGACCCACAAAGCGUAGAAAACGAUUCAAUUUCUUUGAUAAAAACAAAUGAACAACCACCAAUCUUUAAAAUACCGAAAUCAAAAACUCCAAAAAUCAAAAACAACAUUUCUCAAAUUAAUUUUUCCAGAGGUUCUGAUGUUUCCUCAGGUGAUACUCAAAUAGACACUACUAUAUCAAAAGAUAUGGAAAACAGUAUAUUUUCGGGACUCGAAAUGAAUAAAUAUAGCAGUAUUAAUGAAACAGCCACUGAAUCUCCCAUAGAAAUGUCAGUAAUUGAAAAUUUUGAUAUUAUGAAUCCAUUUGGAAUGUCACUUAAAUUGUUCGAGCAACUUAUCAAAGAAGAAGAUGCCAGACUGAAUAAUCUAAAAACCAUGUUAAAAAUAAGGGAAAAAUCAUUAAGGGACAGAUUAAUAACUGAAUUGUCGGCCCUGGAAGUACAAAGAAGAACAUUGUAUCAAACGGGAAGGGCUGAAGAAGCAUCUGUAAUAAAGAAGAAGCAGCGGGGAAUUUUAAUUAAACACGAAGAAGAGCGGCAUGAAAUGCAAAGACUGAAGCAGUUGCAAAACACGAAAUCCAAAGAACGCAUCUCCAAGCUGCAAGAGGAAAGGAACCUGAUCAAGGCGCAGCUGUCCACGGACAAGGUGCUCUCGAAGAUCAAGGUGAACAGCACCCCUAGGGAGAAACGCAAGCACUCGGGCCCCCUGAGGGUUGUCAGCCACUCGGAGUCGGUGGUGUCUGAGAUGUCGGUGUCGAGAAGGAGCUCUACUAUGGAGGAUUUGGUCAGCGUAUCUUCAAGGUCGCAUUCGGUCACCAGCAUAAUGUCCGAGAUCGAGCAUAAUAUGGUGGACGAAAGGGAGAAGAAAAAGUCCGAUUUGCACGUUUCGCAAAUUAAAAGGUUCUUAUUGAUGAAGGAAGUGGGGCUGGAAAAGAGAAGGAAAGAGGCGAAAAGUUUACUGCAAUGGCACAAAAAACUUGUCGAAGAAGAAAAGCGCAUUGCUGCAUUGGAAUCGUCAGCAAAAAUGGUUAUAUCUCAGUUACCUAAGGCAAAGGACAAAAAGCAAACCGCAUUUAGUGCUGAUGAGGUCAAGUACGAGUUUAAAGGCUCCCUGCUCAAACAAUUGUGGUUCACCAUUACAGGCAGUGAAACCAAGGAAUACAUCGACAACAGAAUUUAUUUAAUGUCGGAAGCGGCCUUCAAGAAAUUCAACCAAAAGGCCACCGAUUUAGCGCAAAAAACUAAGCUUGCCAGGAAAGACAGUGUAGUGGAACUGAAUCUAAGUGAUCUAACCUCUUUCAGCAUUCCAAAUGAUGAUAGUGCAAGUGCAAGUGAAAAAAAUAAAUCAGUUAUAACUAAACAUGAACAAAAAUACAAUAAUGUGCCAGAAAGUGUUAAUUCCACAUACUCCACGGACUUUGACGUGGAAUCCAUCAAAGAAAUAGCAAGUGUUAAGGAACCAGUGCCAGAAAAUAAUACAAUUUCCUCUAUUAGUGAUUUAAUUAAAAAUUUCACCAUUAUUGGUGAAGAAAUGUCAGUGAUGAGCAGAGAAUCUCAAAAACUAUUAAACGACUCAAAUAUCCUACUUAAUGAACUAGAUGAGAUUGAAGAAAAGUCUAAUCAAACCAGUGUAAUAUCUGAAAAAUUAAAUACAGAGACUGAAGAAAAAAUAACAGAAAAUUACAAAAAAAUACAGAAACAAUCAUCUGGAAGCGAAAUUGAUACAAAAUCUUCCGGUGAAAAAUUGGAAAAAGAUUUAUCCAUAACCGAAGAAGAGCAUAAAAUAAUAAAUUUAGUCAGUCAGUCCUCCACUGAAAGUCAAAAAAAUUAUAAAGAUUUAACAAUAACCGAAGAAGAGCAGAAAAUACUGAAUUUAGUUACUCAGUCCUCCACUGAAAGUCAAAUAAAUAAUAAAGAUUUAACCAUAACCGAAGAAGAGCAGAAAAUACUGAAUUUAGUUACUCAGCCCUCAACUGAGAGUGAAAUAAAUACUAAAUCAUCUAGUAAUAAAUCACAAAAAGUCACAACAGAACCUUCACUUUCUUCAAAAACCUCCCUAAAAUCGAACAUCGAAGAAAUUCUUGACGUAUCGCAAAAAAUUGACGACAUUCUCGCAAAGCACGUCGCCUCAAAUUCAAGUCAAUCGGAAUCCGAAUAUUCGAAACUUGAAGAAUUAAGUUAUGGAGCUUUGGAACAAAAAGCAAAAGAUUCAACUUCUGAAAUUUCCUCAAACAAAAAAAGUGAAAAGACUGAAAAUGAAGUAAGUGCUGAUUUAAAGAGCAAAGAAAUUGGUUCGAUUGAAGAAAAAGAACAGGAUUCGUUAUCGGACAAAUCGCCGAGUGAAAAGAUACACUCUUCCGAAACCCCUGAAAAAUCUCAACCACAAGUAAAAAUAUCUGAUUUAGUUUUGGAAAAUAAAUCUGAAGUUUUCUCUGAAGGAACAACGUCAAACAUCGAAAGUAUUUUGAAUGAAAUUCAAAGUACGAAUGUUGAAAUAGAGAUUUCACAAAAAGCAUUAUCUCCAAUAAUUGAUGAUAAUCAUAGCGAAAAGGAGGUAUCUGAAGUAAGUUCCCAAGGAACUUCAGAAGAUUCUAAAAUUCUGGAUAGUGAUAAAGAAAUUUCAGUGGAAGAAGAUAAAUCCGAAGUACUUACUGUUAUGUCUAGUAAAAGCAAAGUUAAAGAGUCCGUCAAGGAAGAAUCAACCGCUAAAUCAAACAUUUUCAUAGAAAAAACUAUAAAAUCGGAUUUACUACCCACGGAAAACAAAGAAACGUCUCCCAAAAGCUUUAAAACCGCAACUCCAUUAACAUCUGAAAGUAUUUCUAAAACCAAAUCUCCUAAAAGCCAGCAAUCCUCUGAAAUAGCUUCUGAAGUAUCUUAUAGUUCAUUUGAAAAAUCACCAACUAGUUUAAGAUCAUCGGAAAAUAAGUCACCAAAAGGUUUUGACGUCAAGAAAAGAGUUUCAGAAAUAAUGGCAGAUGCCAAUCCCAACAGGGGCGAUAAGAGUCCUAGAAUGCAAGAUUUGUAUGUCACUACAUAUGAUGUUGUGUCUCCAUCCAACUCUCCAGAAUUAAGGUCAUCAAGUGAUGAAGAGUUAAAGUCCCUUACACCAACAAAGAACUUUGGUUCAGAAGCUGAGGAACUUCUUAGAAAGCAGUUGGCAAUAGAACAAGAGAUUAAACAACUGGAGCAACAGCAAAAAGAAAUCCCCUACGUAUUUGUAAGAGAAAUCCCCAACAAACCGCCUCCGCCAUACACUCCUCCAUCUUCUAGUCAAGUAGUGCCGGUAAAAACAAUACUCCCAACUAGCGCCGAAGAAAUAGACGAAAUCACGAAAUAUUCUGCUAAAAUUAUUCAUAAAGCCUAUCUAAACAACAAUUUGGAAAAUAUAUCCAUAUCAGAAAACACCCUAAGUUUAAUCAAUAAAAACAAAAUAACUACAAAUUGCUACAAAUUUGUCUUUGACAUUUGCAAAGAAAUUGCCAAAAAUCAUUACAAACAGUUCGAAAAAGAAGAUGGACCAUCUUGGCUUAUAGUUGCCAAGAAACCACUUGUUGCUCCCAUCAAGCCAUUGGAUGUCAAUGGGCUUGAAACACUGAUGAGCAAUAAAUUAAAAGAACUUUUUAACUACAAGAAGCUCAAUGUCAGAGAGAACACAAUUAUGAAAUGGAGUAGGAAAAAGAGGGACCAUGUCGAUGAAAUUUUGAUGCUUGAAACUCAAGCAGAAGAAGUUGAUUGGACAUAUUACGAUAAGGAUGAACUUAUUGUUAUCGAUAGAGUUACAAAUGAUAUUAUGAAUACUUUACUUGCUGACACUGUGAACGUUUUUAGACAAAUGCUUUUGAAAAAGACCCAUUUGUAUUAAAUUUUUUAGUUUAAGAAUUACCUAUAGGUACUGAAUUCAAUUAACUUUAUUUUGUGUAUUUUAUUUUUUUGUUUAUUUAUUGUUUACUUUUAAUAUUUUCUAGAAUUUGCAUUGAUUAUUUUCUUUUUAAUCAAUGUUAUAUAUAAAUAA